AUGCUAAAUACCAAAAUGGAGCUUCGAGUCGGUAAUAAAUACCGGCUGGGCCGUAAAAUUGGCUCAGGAUCUUUUGGAGACAUUUAUCUUGGAACUAAUAUUGUCACCAAAGAGGAGGUAGCUAUUAAAUUAGAAUGUAUAAAGACAAGGCACCCUCAAUUACACAUAGAGAGCAAGUUUUACAAACUUAUGCAAGGAGGUGUUGGUAUACCUGCAAUAAAAUGGUGCGGCUCAGAAGGAGACUACAAUGUAAUGGUAAUGGAACUGCUUGGACCCUCUUUGGAAGACCUGUUUAACUUCUGCUCACGUCGUUUCUCCCUCAAGACUGUUCUACUUCUUGCUGAUCAACUCAUCACACGCAUUGAAGACAUACAUUACAGGAACUUCAUUCAUAGGGAUAUAAAACCAGAUAACUUUCUUAUGGGCCUAGGUAAAAAAGGGAAUUUAGUGUACAUAAUAGAUUUUGGCUUAGCGAAAAAGUACAAAGAUGCACGCACAUUGCAACAUAUUCCAUACAGAGAAAACAAAAACUUAACAGGAACAGCGAGAUACGCAUCGAUAAACACACAUUUAGGCAUCGAACAAUCACGACGCGAUGAUCUGGAGUCAUUGGGCUAUGUACUCAUGUAUUUCAAUCGUGGAAGUCUUCCCUGGCAAGGGCUGAAAGCUGCUACCAAACGCCAGAAAUACGAGAGAAUAUCUGAAAAGAAAUUGUCCACACCUUUUGAUGAACUUUGCAAAAACCACCCUAUCGAGUUCCAACUGUAUCUAAAGUAUUGCCGGCGGCUACGUUUCGAGGAGAGACCUGACUACAGUCAUCUCCGUCAACUAUUCCGCACACUCUUCCAUCGACAAGGAUUCACAUAUGACUAUGUGUUUGAUUGGAACAUGCUCAAAUUUGGUGGUCAACGUGGUAAUUACCAAUCAGGUGGCACUGACCGCACGUUAAGACGUCAUGAACAAAAUCAGGAACAAGAGAACACGGCGGGCGCGGCCGGGCAGCCCAGCACCACUGUAGCGGCCAUCUCGGAGUGGCGGUGA